AUGGUUAUAACCAACAAAUUGAAAUACGAUUCCCCACAUCUCAACAUGGACGGGAUAGGCAUUGGCAUGUCGGAGGAGAUUAAGGUGCUUGGUGUCACCGUAGACAGAAAAAUCACCUUUAAUACCCACGUGAGGAAUGUGUGUAGGAAGGCAACAGCACUCUACGGACAACUAUCGAGAGCUGCAAAGAUUAGUUUGGGCUUUCAACCAGUGAUCAUCAGGACGAUGUACACGGCGGUCGUUGAGCCGGUGGUAUUGUACGCGGCGAGCGUGUGGGCGCCAGCAGCUAGCAAAUUGGGAAUGAAAAAGCAGCUGAACGCUGUGCAAAGAGGAUUUGCUCAGAAAAUUUGUAGGGCUUACCGUAUUGUCUCCUUACACUCCGCACUAACAUUUGCUGGCUUGCUUCCUCUAGACCUGAGGGUCCAAGAAGCAGCUUUCCUUUUUGAGGCAAAGAGAGCGUCCCAGAUGGACCUGGAAUUCAUUUGCCUGGGAAACGAGUACGAAACGAGACUAAACAACACCCAGAGUCUCCGAAUAUUUACCGAUGGGAGCAAAAUAGAGGGAAAAGUCGGAGCAGCAUUAUCCUUUUGGAAUAUUGAAGCUGAGACAGGAACUAUAAAGCUCAAACUGUCGGACUACUUCACCGUUUACCAGGCAGAAAUACUGGCCAUUUUUAGGGCAACUGAGUGCAUCCUCAGUAGGAAAGAACAAAGUUUUGGGGUAUACAGUGACUCGAGAGCAGCACUUGAGACCAUGGUCAACCAAGAAACUAAGCAUCCCCUUGCAGUAAAGACUCGCAAAAACAUACAAGCCGUUUUUCCUCAACACAAAAGUAUCCAACUGUUCUGGAUUAAAGCUCACGCGGGUCUGCCGGGAAAUGAGCGCGCCGAUGAGUUGGCAAAACAAGCUGCGUUGCGAAUCAAGGGCAAAUCAGCAUAUGACCUGUGCCAAGUAUCUUUUAUAAAAAGACAAAUCCGACUGGAGACUCUAGAAAAAUGGAACCGAAGAUAUAUAGAAGGCGAUGCGGGUGGAACAACAAAGAUCUUUCUCCCUAAUGCUGUGAAUGCAUAA